AUUGGCGAAGUCUAAAAAGUGUGAGCUGAGGCAAUACUAACCGAGAUAAGAGACUGCAGGUGAGUUCCUGGCCAAUCACCUUCAACCUGGAAAAAGGGGGGGAACAUAGUUCCAGAAAAUAAGCUCUAACCUAAAUGCGACACCCGGACUACGCGCUAACCUGGUUCGGUAACCAUCUCAUUUAACGAAAUCUUACGAGGCGCAUCGUGAGUUGGCCGUUUUGAUUUUUUUCCCGCUUCACAACGUUCUUUACUAACUAAUUAAAUUGUCUCAAUCGAUGUCGGCCGCUUGCCAGAGCUAAGCUACUCGCCGCCGCCGCGAAGGCGCGCAGCCGCUCAUUACAUCAUCGUCGUUCUCUUACAUAAUAAUAAUAGAUAAUUCUGUCACUCAUUAUACACCCCACUGUACAUAGGUACUGUGCUUACGCACAUACGCAUAUACGCCGGGCUAAACCUAUGCGCCGCAUAACGGCGCUUGCGCUGACCCUCGGGCUGGCGUCGCGCGUCGCGGCCGAUAGCGGCGCCGUGUGGGCGACGCCGCACGACAGCUACUCGUCGUCGGUCGGCGUGCUCGGGUGCAAGGUGGACACGAACCGGAUCGCGUACUGGCCCAGCGCGGUGGACUGCACCAACAUCUGCGUGUCGCUCAGCUACGGCGGGCGCACGGUGAAGCUGCUGCGCGUGGACCAGUCGCAGGGCGCGCACGACGUGAGCUACGACGCCUGGAACUACCUGUACACGGGCUACCCGGCGACGGAGCGGCCGACGGCGGGCGGCGCCGUGGCCAUGGACUUCGCGGACGUCGACGCGUCCGAGUGCGCGGACCUGCUGCGCACCGACGGCGCCCGGCUCCCACUCAGCGCCGCCAACAGCAUGAACUUCCUCGCCGGCUGCCUCGCCCAGCCCGACAGCUGGGUCGCGAGGAACUACGUCCUCUACAACAUCCUCGACUCCACCUGCUCCUGGGGCCACGACGAGGUCUGCACCCUCGACUGGCCGGCUGCGAACCAGGCUAGCUGCCCGAGCGCGCUCGGCGACCCGGCGAACCUGACGUCCGCGCCCGUGUACAAUAUCAGGUACCCCACGGGCCAGACCGUGGUGGCGUCCUCGGGACAGGUCGUUCCCGCGCAGGACGACGCUGAAGAUGGAAGUGCUGGGUGGCUUGGGAAGCCGCCUGAUUUGGUUGGACUGCUUUUGCUGAUGACGUUUUCGAUCGCGGCCGCAAAUGUGCACUUCUGAUUGCGGUCAUGUGACACGACGUAGCCUAUGAACGAGAGGCUUGGUCCUGUUGCGGAUUGGUGGCUGGCAACGCUGACGGUGUGGUUGCGAUCGGGAGAUCGGAUGCUUGGAAGCGAGGGGAACUGGUCCCGCGUCGAAUGCUUUUACGAAAAGAUACCCUGUUGAUUUAUGGCGACUAUCUACGAAAACAUUCUAUCAAUAUAUAAUUUACAUAAAUAUCUUUGAUCUUGUCUUCAAAUUUACCCACCGAGGAAUUGUGGAUAUAAUUA